UUCUGUUGGUCCAGUGGUUGCAUGUUACUAUGCGCUUGCAAAAUCUGUCACAGCCCUCCUUCACUACCUUGCCAACAGGAGCGACGCUAACGCGAUCCCCGCUCGUCGCUAAUUUGUCGCAUUGGAUUGGUUCCGGCGGCUGUGAUUUAGGAUUCAGCUCAGCUCAGCAACCGUCCUGCUGCUCCACCAAUACCGGGGGGGAGGGGGGAGAUCGUUUGCUGUUUUAGUUAACAUCUGUAAAGAUAUUUUUGAUUUAUAUUCAGUGCUUUUAAGUUUCUCGCAACUGCUGCUUACAGUAGACAUCAGAGCAGGAUGUUAGUCAACAUCAGAUCGGCAGAUGGAGCCUCUGGCAGAGCCCGUGCCAACGAUUCGCGCUCCUACAGCGAUGCGAUUCGGUUUCACUCGGAGGAUGGGAAUACUCCUGCAGACGCAGCUGGAUCCUGACUGCACAAAUCUGUAUCCUUUGCGAUGCUUCAGCAUUUUUCGAUUUUAGUUUAUUGCCUCUGCUUUCGUAUGUGACAGCCUCUCUCUGAGCGAGGGACAACAUGGAGCAGCUAGAGGAGGAACUUACGUGCCCGAUCUGCUGCGGUCUUUUCGAGGACCCGCGGGUCUUAUUGUGCUCACACAGCUUUUGCAAGAAAUGCUUGGAUGGACUCUUGGAGGGGAGCCGAGGUCCAUCAUACAGAACCCCUUUCAAAUGCCCCACUUGCCGCAAGGAGACCCCUCACAACGGCGCAAACAGCCUCCAGAUCAACUACUCUCUGCGAGGAAUUGUGGAGAAGUACAGCAAAAUCAAGGUUCUGCCUAAAAUGUCUGCGUGCGCCCAACACUGCGGUCAGCCUCUUAAUAUAUUUUGCGCCACGGACCUAAAACUCAUAUGUGGGUUUUGCGCAACAACAGAUGAGCACAGAGGGCAUAAAUUCUGCUCAUUGGAAGAGGCAUACGGUCGGGAGAAGGCGGCGUUUGAAGAGCUGCUUCACGGGGUGGAGAGCUGGCAGAGCGCCGACAUCCUGUCCUGCCUGGAGACACUACAAACCAGUAAGAAAAAGGCGCUGCAGUCGGUGACCAAGGACGCGGAGAAGGUAACAGAAUAUUUCGACAAACUCAUCAGUGGCCUCGAGUGCAAAAAGAGCGAGAUCCUCUCCGACUUCGAGACACUGAAGCUGGUGGUGAUGCAGGCGUACGACCCGGAGAUCACCAAGCUGAGCGCGGCGCUGGAGGAGCAGAGACGCGCGCUCAGCAUCGCCGAGUCCUUCAGGAGCGCCUCCGACCCCCUGUGCUUCCUGGAGCAGAUGCAGGAGUUUCGGGAGAGGUUCAGGGUCCUGAAGGAGACCUCCCUGCCCCCGAAGAAGGAGAUGAACGUCGGUCCCCUCGUGCGCAAUUUUGACGUGAAAAAGUGGGAUUCGCUGAGGCUCAGAGAAGUGGACAAGAUCUCAGUCCCCCACGAGAAUGGCUCGUACAGAGUGGGGGACUCACGGAUGGCAGCGCGCAGACGGAUCACCUUAUUAAUGAGUUUGCUGCUGCCGCUCCUGCUGCUGCUGCUGCAGCCGCACAUCCUCGCAGCCCACAUCAGCCCACAGAUCCAACCAAUGCUCACUACACUCUCCUCGCACUUUAGUCACAGCAGCGAGUACCUGUGGGGAAUGACUGACAUGUGCACGAGUUUGAUGGGUGCGGGCCAGGAAUGCAUCGUCAACCUACUUGACUCUACUGUCAGUUUUAUUGGCAGUUGUAAGUUGUUUUAAUUCAUUACGAGCCUGUGGCAUCUCACGCACUCACAGCGACCGCUUGUUUACAAGUGACUCGUGAGAUGCACAGAAUUAGAGUCGGAUAUGCACUUUUUCAUUUAACUGUUCACCAUUUUUUGUGCUUUAUUCCCCUUAAGAUCCAACCUCCCUGAAUCAAUCACCAGAUGGUCUUUACAUAGGAUUCAGACGCACAGUCACCAAUUCAUUCCUUCUUUUCCACAAAUGUACAAUCUAUUCAUUUUCUAAGCGUUGACAACUUUAUACUUCCCCAAGAUCUUGACAAAUAAAACUUGAGAACUCUAA